CAAUGUCCUCCAGGGGGAGCCCGCCGCCUUCUCUUCCCCGGGACACGUGACGCAGGCCUGGCUCUUCCAGUCGAGGGAGAGGGAAAGAUGGCGGCCGCGGUGGAUCCGGAGCGAGGCGCCGCCAAUUCGGAUUGAGUCCCUUCUCCUCGUUCUCCCGGCUAUCAUCCCCGCUCUCCGGGACCCCCAGUCACCCCUCGUGCGCCCACCCCGUGCCCAACACCGCGCUCUACCCCAGCUCCAGGCCCCAGCAUGAGGGGGCGGCGGGGCAGGCCGCCCAAGACCCCCGCGUUGCCGCCGGACGCCUCCCCGGGGCCCACAGCCGGCCUGCGCUCCAGGCAGCGGGGCAGCAGCCGGGGCCGCUGGGCGCCAGAUAAUGAAGGCCGCAGGCAAGGCUCGCCCAGGGGAAUCCGGGGCCGAAAGAGGGGCGGGCCGGGAGUGAGCGGAGGCGGCGGGCAGCGGGGGAGAGGCCGUGGAUGCAGGCCCAGCACAGGCCGGAACCCCAGCAAGGUGGUGUACGACGACCAUGAGAGCGAGGAAGAGAGCGGUCAGGACGAAGAGCCGGAGGAGCGGCGGGACACCGAGGAGGAGCCGGACGAGGAGCCGGAGGACAUGGAUGACGAGGACUACCAGCACGACAUGGAGGAGGAGGACGAGGACGACGCCAGCUACUGCACCGAGAGCAGUUUCAGGAGCCACAGCACGUACAGCAGCACCCCGGGAAGGCGAAAACCCAGAGUUCAUCGGCCACGUUCUCCAAUAUUCGAAGAGAAAGAUGUCCCCCCUCUGGAGUUUCCCAAGUCCUCAGAAGACUUGCUGUUGCCCAGUGAGCAGUUAAUGAACGUUAUAGCAAUCUAUGAGGUGCUGAGGAACUUUGGCACAGUUCUGCGGCUCUCUCCAUUCCGCUUUGAGGACUUCUGUGCUGCUCUUGUGAGUCAAGAACAGUGCACACUGAUGGCUGAAACACACGUGGCUCUUCUCAAAGCUGUACUCCGAGAAGAGGACACCUCAAAUACUACCUUUGGACCUGCUGACCUAAAAGACAGUGUCAAUUCCACCCUAUACUUCAUAGAUGGCAUGACAUGGCCAGAAGUCUUGCGAGUGUAUUGUGAAAGUGACAAGGAGUACCACCACGUGCUUCCCUUCCAGGAGGUGGACGAUUACCCGUAUGGUCCCAUAGAAAGCAAAGUGCAGGUCCUGCUCUUCCUCGUUGAUCAGUUUUUAACUACUAAUAUGGCCCGUGAGGAGUUAAUGUCAGAAGGUGUAAUCCAAUAUGAUGACCACUGUCGCGUGUGUCACAAAUUGGGAGACUUGCUCUGUUGUGAGACAUGUUCUGCCGUUUACCACUUGGAGUGUGUAAAACCACCCCUGGAGGAGGUUCCUGAGGAUGAGUGGCAGUGUGAAGUGUGUGUGGCUCAUAAAGUGUCUGGUGUCAAUGACUGCGUUGCUGAAAUCCAAAAAAACAAACCCUACAUAAGGCAUGAGCCAAUUGGAUAUGACCGCCAGCGACGGAAGUAUUGGUUUCUAAACAGACGCGUCAUCAUAGAAGAAGACACUGAAAAAGAGAAGGACAAGAAGAUCUGGUACUACAGUACAAAACCACAACUGGAGGAGUUAAUGGAUUGUCUGGACAAGACCUGCUAUGAAGCUGACCUCUGUAAAACUCUAGAGGACUUACGCGAAGAAAUCCAUAGACAUAUGGACAUAACCGAAGAGCUGACCAAUAAAGCAAAGGGAAACAAUAGAUCCUAUUUAUCGGUAGUCAACGAGGAAAUAAUGGAGCGGCUGAAAGCCAAACAAGAGGAAGCGGAGCUGAGCAAGGCGUCAGCUGAAGGUGAGAAGUCAACAGAAGGUAUCUGUGCAGGUGAGGGAGAGAGCACCAAGCAACUCUGUUCCAACUCAAAAACAGGGCAGGAUGGGGCUCAAGAGGUGACGGAGGAAGGGGUGACAGGAGAAACAACAGAGGUUGAUAAAAGCAGCAUGGAAGAGCCUUCAUCUACUGAACCCCAAGCUAAAGAACUUGAGAAGAUGCCAUUUUUGGAUAACAGUAAAGAGACGCAUGUUGACAAAAGUACAGAUCCUGCAUCAUCCUUUUCUUCACCAGAAGCUGCUGAUGCUACGUUGAGUACCGGUGUCACCUCUGGGACCCACUCUGUCAGUGAUGAUAACCGAACCAGCAAUACUGCACCUGACCAACAGGGGGAGAGCUUUAAUAUAGUAUCCCAGCAACCAGCUUCCAAGCAAGAUAAUGCAGUCUCUGGAGAUAUGAAGUUGGAAAAAGGUACUGGGGAGGCAUCUGAGCCUACAUGUAUGGUGAAGGGACCCUUGAGGAUGGUGACAAGGUUACGGAACCCCGACAGCAAGUUAAGUCUGUUGAAGAAUCACCAGUACUCUGACGCAGUCCAUGAAGCAAAUAAGAUUUAUAAGGAAGGCAGAGAGGUCCUAGUGGUUAAUUCUCAAGGUGAGAUCUCCCGGCUCAGCACCAGAAAAGAAGUAGUUAUGAGGGGCAUCUUGAGCAAUUACUUUAAGCUUGGACAGGAAGGGAAAUACCGUGUCUACCACAACCAAUACUCCACCAACUCUUUUGCACUGAAUAAGCACCAGCACAGAGAGGAUCAUGAUAAGCGAAGGCAUCUCUCCCACAAAUUCUGCGUGUCACCCAUGGGCGAGUUCAAGUGGAAUGGGUCUGUUCAUGGCUCUAAGGUAUUGACCAUAUCAACUCUGAGGCUCACCAUCGUUCAACUUGAGAACAAUAUCCCUGCUCCCUUUCUCCAUCCCAACUGGGCCUCACACAGGUCCAACUGGAUCAAAGCUGUUCAGAUGUGCAGCAAGCCUCGCGAAUUUGCUCUGGCAUUAGCAAUACUGGAAUGUGCCAUUAAACCUGUUGUCAUGUUACCCAUUUGGAGGGAGUCCUUAGGACACACAAGGUUGCGGAGGAUGACCUCUAUGGAAAGAGAAGAAAAAGACAAAGUGAAGAAGAAGGAGAGGAAACAGGAGGAGGAGGAGAGCAUGCAGCAGGCCACUUGGGUCAAGUACACUUUCCCUGUGAAACAUCAGGUUUGGAAACAGAAGGGUGAAGAAUACAGAGUGACUGGGUAUGGUGGGUGGAGCUGGAUUAGUAAAACUCAUGUCCAUCGGUCUAUGCCUCGGUUCCCUGGAAAGACAAAUGUCAACUACAGGAAAAUGUUGGAAAAGAAUAGUGAAAAACCGGAAAGUAAAAAUGAGGAUGAAAUUCAUGAAAAGAAUGCAAUAAAAGUAGAAGCUAAUGCUGUGAAAAUCAAAAUGGAGGAGGAGGAGGAUCGAAGGGACCAAAUUAAAAAUCAGAUUGAGGCCAGUGAGAGGAAGCAUAUGACAGACAAUGAUGCCACAUCUACAGAGAAAGAGCAUGAAAAGUCUGAACCAAUGAAGGAGGAGCCAAUGGAAACGGAUUCAAUUUGUGCAAAAGAGAAGCAAACUUUUCCUGAUGCAGACUUAAUCAAUGUGGGCCUUGGUUUUCAAAUGAGGACUUGGUAUAAGAAAAUUGUUAAAACGUCUCGGUUGGAUGGGUUGUUAGAGCGAAGGGUCAAGCAGUUUACACUUGAAGAAAAACAAAGACUGGAGACACUAAAAUUGGGUAGUGCUGCAAAACGUAUUGGGGCUGUUGCCCCAGAACAGAAUUUUUUUUUACCAGAAGGCACUGGGUGCAAGCUGAAGACUGAUAACGAGUUAGACACUGCCAACGAUCCUUUAGAAGGGAAUCCAAUUAUGGGCAGAGCUGAUGCUGGCAUUGCACAACCUGCAGUCCUUUGUACAGAGAAAAUUCCGGACUUGCAAUCCCAGGGCAUUGACAAGUCCACAAACUCUAGUUCUGAACAGUGUCUCGAUCCACUGAGAGGUGACACUGAGGGUGUACAAAAUAAAUGCAUUAUGUCAGAAUGUGAAAAACAAGAUAAAGAUCAGAGCAUUUCUUCUGUGAGCAAUGAAGUUCCCACCAAGACUCUAGAAUCCAAAGAGGAACGCCACAACAAUGAAGAAAAAAUUCUUAAAAAUAGUUAUUCUAAAAUCCAGACAGAACACCCUGCGGCCAUGCUGUGUAUUGACCAUGCAAAAUACCAGGGUGAUCUUAAAAACAGUUUACAUGAUUCACUUGAGGUCAAUCAGGAUAAAGAUAGUCUAAAUACAAAAUCAAUGGACACCAAGUCUGAGCUCUCUGAAGAAAGUAAAAAUUCCAUCGUUUAUGGAUCAGAGAUUAACAGCAACCAAGGCAGCAAAAAUAAAGUAUUGUUGAAAUCUGAACCUGAAGCAGAAAAUAGCAGAAUCCCUGAAGAAAUCAUUCAAAGUAGCUUAUGUGAUGUCCAAAUGGACUGUACAAAUAAAGUUUCUAAUGGAGACCAAGGACAGGAUGAAAGGACUAGAGUUGUAAUUAAAUGUACGGAGUGCCACAACAAGAAAUGCAAUAAAGAUAUUCACUCUGAAGCACCAGGAGUUGACAUUACACCUCAGCUCAAUGGAAAAGAUAGUUUUUGUAAAAAAUGCCAUUGUUUACCCCAUGACUUGUGUGAAAAUCGAACUGUCCAAGAAAUUGAUCCGAAGGUAAACAACAUCGCAAAGAUUGUCUCUGAAAAUGGAGAUAAACUAAGAGAGGCUACAGUGAAACCCUUUAUGAAUGGAGACAUCAAUAUGGAGGAUAUAGAUGAAAAAAAUUCCAUCUCUACAUCAUUAUCAGCAAGUCAGUCAACAUAUUCUGAGACAACGAAGGAAAUGGAAAACUUGACAAAUUCCCAAAAAUGUGUGAAUGAGCCUUGUUCAUCUGAUGGUAAUAAAUCUAGUGAGACAGUCACUCAGUCCUUACUCAAGAGUAAUAAUUCCAUUUGUGGAGAGGAUGUAAUGGAUACUGAAGCAAUUCGUAAAGAUUUAUCUCCUGUGAACUCUGGCGAGGAAUCCAGUCUAAGUAACGAUUCCACUGAACAAAAUGGUUUGUCUAUGGACAGACUGAACGGGAACAGCAAAAUCCAAACUGUUGUUACAGAAGUCACAACUAGAACUAGAACUACCGUGACUAAAGUCAUAUUGCCAUGUCCAAACAACGAUGGUGUCGUGUCCAUAAAAGAGCAGUGUAAAACCAUGGUGACCACAACUGUGACGGACUCGUUGACCACCCCUUCUGGGACAAUUUCAUCUGUAAUGACUGUGAGCAAAGAGUAUUCCACCAAAGACAGAGUGCGGUUGAUGAAGUUCACAAAAUCAAAGAAGUCAAGGUCUGGAACAGCUCUCCCUUCGUACAGGAAAUUUGUCACUAAGAGCAAUAAAAAGAGCAUAUUUGUCCUUCCAAAUGAUGAUCUCAAAAAACUCUCAAGAAAAGGUGGAAUACGAGAGGUGCCUGCUUUCAAUUAUAAUGCAAAGCCCGCUCAUGAUAUUUGGCCAUACCCAUCCCCUAGGCCAACAUUUGGAAUAACUUGGAGGUAUCGACUUCAAACAGUGAAUUCAUUGGCUAGCGUGAGUCUAAUGUUGCGCCUCCUUUGGGCAAGUUUAAGGUGGGAUGAUAUGGCAGCGAAGCCUCCUCCCGGUGGUGGAAUAACACGUACAGAAUCAUCUGAAACAGAGAUCACUACUACUGAGAUAAUCAAGAGAAGAGAUGUUGGCCCGUACGGAAUCCGCUCAGAGUAUUGUAUAAGGAAAAUAAUUUGUCCUAUAGGCGUACCAGAAGCACCGAAGGAAACUCCGACACCUCAGAGGAAAGGUCUUCGAUCAAGUGCUCUUCGUCCCAAAAGACCAGAAACGCCCAAACAAACUGGCCCAAUUAUUCUUGAGACCUGGGUUGCAGAGGAAGAGCUGGAUCUGUGGGAGAUCAAAUGUUUUUCAGAGAGGGUGGAGAAGGAGAAGGUUCAGGCCAGCGAGCAGCACGCUAAGGGCAGUGACCAGAAAAAGGGUGAGGAUGGGAAGUCUCAGGUGGAGGCUCAGCUGAAACAACAGCGUCUAACAGCCCAGCAGAAACGAUUGGAACAGCAAAAACUGCCAUUGAUAUGCAGUACUGCAAGCACAGCCCCAACCAACAGCACUUUGACCCAACUUUCCACUCCACACAAAGUGAUGGUGGGAUCCUUAUCCAGCCCAGUUACCUCUGGAGCAAAAGUAGUUCUUGCAACAAAGGUCUCUUCUCCUGCCACAGUAUCAUUCCAGCAGAACAAGAACUUCCACCAGACUUUUGCUACAUGGGUGAAGCAAGGACAAACUACGACAGCUUCGAGUACAGAUAUCGCAUGCACAUCAGGCCAAACCUUCCAGAUAAGCGGGAAUCCAGUGUCCGUGUCAGGGAAAGUCCUCACCACGCUGCCUCUACCGGCCAAUAGCAAAAUAGUAACUCUGAACAUGCCCUCAACACAGGGAGGUGUUGUCCAGAUGCAGCAGAAAGUGCUAGGAAUAAUCCCAUCCAGCACUGGAGUACAACAAACAUUUACAACGUUCCAGCCUCGUACAGCAACGGUCUCCAUCCGACCCAAUCUGGGAACAACGGGUACCACAGGCACCACCCAACAGGUAAUCACUGCAGGAGCACAGAUCAGACCCGGAAUGACUGUCAUCAGGACACCAUCCCUCCAGCAGUCUCCUCUAGGAAAGCCCAUCAUGCGGACCCCACUUGUAGUUCAGCAAGGAAUUCUCCAAUCUGGUCAGCCUCAGCAGGUCGUAACUCAGAUUAUCAGAGGUCAGCCUGUCACUACUACUAUUCCAAUUGGUACUACAGUUUCCAGCGGAGCACAUAAGAUGGGCACAUCAGUUCAGCAAGCUCAGCCCCAAGCGACUACUGCACAAGCCAAUAGACCUCCUCAACAGGGGCAGGUUAAAUUAACUAUGGCUCAACUCACACAGCUAACCCAGCAGCAGGGCGGGAACCAGAGUCUCACUGUUGUGGUCCAAGGUCAGGGUCAGACCACUGGGCAGUUGCAACUAAUCCCACAAGGAGUUACAGUAAUACCCAGUCCUGGACAGCAAUUAAUGCAGGCUGCCAUGCCAAAUGGCACCACCCAGAGGUUCCUCUUUACUCCACUGCCCCCGGGGUCAACAUCAGCCGCUUCAACUGUGACUUCUACGCCUUCCACAACUACAUCAGUGUCUGCCACAUCUGAAAAGAGCCACAUUCAAAAUCGUCAGUCAACACCACCUCCACUUGCUCCAGCCCAUUCUUCUCAACUGCAGACCUCAGCCCAGCCUCUGUCCACAGACCAGGUCACAGCUCCUCCUGCUUUACCACCCCAGUCUUGUGAUCAGCUUCAAUCCUCACCUCAUGUUCAACCGCAACAGUUACAGACAUCUCAGUCACAAUCUGCUGGGCCAUCUGAUAUCAGCCAGCAGAAACAGCAGCUAAAGGCACCACCCAGCACAGACCAACUGGUAACGGAGACGCUACAAUAUUGUCAGCCAGCAUUACCUGUCCAGACCCUAGUGUCAUCCGAUACAAAAACUUCGACUUCUCAACUUACUGUCCAGGCCCACAUACCUGAAGUCACUGUCCAGUUGCCGUCACAGUCUUCUGUACAAGGUCAAACACGGCUUCUAAGCCGACCCCAAGUACAAACCUUGUCAUCCACCCCAAGCCAAACACAACCUUCUCUUCAGGUGGCACUGCCUGCUUCCUUCCAUAUUCAGUCACCAUUGCCGCAGCAACAGCCACUUCAUUCAGGUACCCAACCAAAGUCCCAGCCACACAUUCAACCAGCCAAUCAAAUGAUGGUGCAGUCCCCACCCCGUGCUCAGCUCCAGAUCCAGGCCACUCAGGCACAAGUCAUCACGAUGCCCCAGCUUCACCAGCAGGUGCAGGUCCUUUCCCACCUUCCCUCACAAGUUAUGGCUCAGAUUCAGCAAGGUGGCAUUCCCCAGCAAAUAAAGCUACAGCUGCCAUUCCAGAUCCAACCUGCAGGAACAACACAGACACACCAGAUCCAGAAUGUGGUUACAGUGCAAGCAUCUAGUGUACAGGAGCACCUGCAGCUGGUAAAGCAGAUGCAGGAACAAAAAAAGAAACAACAAGAAGUGAAACGCGAACAGGCUUUACAAGGCACUAACCAAAGUGAUAUAAUUCAGAAGCAGAUUGUGAUGAAGCAGAAUGCAGUAAUUGAGCACUUGAAGCAGAAGAAGACCAUGACUCCAGUGGAAAGAGAGGAAAAUCAGAGAAUGAUUGUUUGCAACCAGGUGAUGAAAUACAUUCUGGAUAAGAUAGACAAAGAAGAGAAACAGGCUGCUAAGAAGCGGAAGCGUGAGGAGAGUGUGGAGCAGAAGAAGAGCAAACAGAAUGCUAGCAAAUUGUCCGCCCUGCUUUACAAACACAAGGAGCAACUGAAAGCGGAGAUUCUUAAAAAAAGGGCACUUCUAGACAAAGAGCUGCAGAUCGAGGUCCAGGAGGAAUUGAAGAGAGACCUGAGUAAAAUAAAAAAGGAAAAAGAGAGAGCCCUUGCGGCUGCAGCCACACCACCGCCGCCUCCACCACCUGUGCCCUUACCAACUGCACCAGCUGUACACAGAACAACGCCCACCUCCCCCACAUCUGUUUCUUCCACUGUCUCUUCCCACAAAAGGAAGAGAGAGGAAGACAGAGAGUCUGCCCCUUCUAAGUCAAAAAAGAAGAAAAUGAUAUCCACUACCUCAAAAGACACCAAGAAAGACAACAAGAUCUACUGCAUUUGCAAGACACCAUAUGAUGAAUCAAAGUUCUAUAUUGGCUGUGAGCUUUGUGCUAACUGGUAUCACGGAGAAUGUGUUGGCAUCACAGAGACUGAAGCAAAGAAAGUGGAUGUGUACAUCUGUAAUGAUUGUAAACGGUCACAAGAGGGCAACAGUGAGGAGUUGUAUUGUAUCUGCAGAACGCCUUAUGAUGAUUCACAAUUUUAUAUUGGCUGUGAUCGCUGUCAGAACUGGUUUCACGGGCGCUGUGUUGGGAUUUUACAAAGCGAGGCGGAGCACAUAGAUGAAUAUGUAUGUCCAGAAUGUCAGUCCACAGAAGAUGCCAUGACUGUUCUCAGCCCUCUGACCGACAAAGAUUACGAGGGCUUGAAGAGGGUCCUGAGAUCAUUACAGACACAUAAAAUGGCCUGGCCAUUCCUGGAAGCUGUGGAUCCGGAAGAUGCACCAGAUUAUUAUGUUGUUAUCAAGGAACCAAUGGAUCUGUCCACCAUGGAGGAAAGAAUACGAACCCGAUACUACAAGAAGCUGACUGAGUUUGUUGCUGACAUGACCAAAAUAUUUGAUAACUGUCGUUAUUAUAACCCCAGUGAGUCCACUUUUUGUCAGAGUGCUGAGAUUCUAGAGACCUUUUUUGUACAGAAAUUGAAAGCAUUCAAGGCCAGCAGAUUGUGAGUCUUGUAGCCCAUACAGCUGGAUGUUGGAUAUUGUCUCCAUCAGUUUGUUUUUAUUUUUCGGCAUUGUGUGAAAGACAAACCCGUCGUGUUACCCCUGCCAUCUCUCCAACACUGCACCACUGGACACUUCAUUUACAACAAUUACCAUGUAUACUGUGCUGAGGACAUGGGAAAAAGUGCCUGGAUCUGUAUUUAAAUGUAUAAACCCACUGUGGUUUCUGACUACAGACAUGCACCAAUCAUUGUAACAUAGUAUAUAUAUUGUACAUAUAUUGUAUAAUUUUCCUGACAUCAUUUGUGAAUAUCCCAUAAGCCACUCAAGUUGAUGACGUGUAGACUAUUUUCAUCAUGUCUGUAUGUAUGUUUGUUUUUUCCUUCCCUAUUUUCCAAAUAACUUGAUCGCCAAAUCUUUGUUGAUCACCUCAUGUCGACUUCUGGGUGGGUAGCUGGGUUGGAUUGUUUACAAUUGUUGGAUAAUUAUGGCAGGUCUCAAUUUACAGAUCAUUACAUGUUUCAUCCAACCCUAGUGUCCCCACCAUUGUUUUAUGAAAUAGACAUUUAUUUUGCUCAGCUGAAAGUGGAUGAUUAGACAUUUGUACCUCUGUAUAAAUCCUGACGUUUUCUGUACUGUACAGGUCUCAUAACAACAAGCUGCAGUCAGCCUGUUAAAUGGAACGAGCAACGAACCCGCUCACUCCCUCUUGUGAACUUGGCUUGUUAGCCAACAGAGCUCAAGAUACUUUAUAUAUUGCACCUCGGUCAAAUAGGAUUCUUGGCUUAAUUUGUCCAAAGGACAAAGGAGAUAAAGAAAAUGGGGUAAGCAGGCGGCUCUCACCUACUUAUUUGCUCCGGUUUAAAUCAAUCUAUCCUUGCGGCAAAGCAGGAAAAGAUCGGCUGACGUUAGGGGCAGUGGAUAAAGCGAUGCAGUGGACCCCGCUCCAUGUGUCCGGUCGCAUGUUCUUCAAUGAAGAAGCUGGUUUAAAGUUCACACAGAUAACUUUUUGACUGUAUUUAUUUAUUGUUCAGAGACACUUUUUUAUUGCUACCUUCGUUUGUCGACUAAUUAUUUUUUCUUAUUAAAAAAGAAAAAAAAUUUCUAAAAUGAAAGAGUGGGAAAAAGGCAAAUUGGACCGUAUCCAUUUAAUUUGUCCUGUAUUUUAACACAAUUCCUAUAAUUAAAAAAUGAAACUAAGAAGUACAA